GAAGGAAGAAGAAGAGGAGGUGUGAUGACCAAUGGAACGGUGUCCAUUCCACGGAAACCCAGCAGGCCCAAGACCGCCUCAACCCGCCAGGAGAGGAAUUCCUGCUCCUCCACCGUUUCCUGCCCCGUGUUCUCCGUCAGCCACAGCGACCAGGAUGAUGACCCGCCACCCCGCUGUCCCUCCAGCCUCUCCUCCCCCACCCUCCAGGGCUCUCUUUCCAACUUCCACUCUCCAAAGGGCUCCAUCCCCAGCCUCCAGGGAUCAACAAACAGCCUCCACUCGUCCAACUCGAGCUCCAAGGGGUCCAUAUCUAGCCUCAACUCAUCUGCAUCCAGAACUAAAGUCUAUCUUCCGAACCUCUUUGGCUCUCUCUCCAGCCUUCAAGGAUCCUUACCCAGCCUAAUGGGCUCGAUCUCUGGAUUGAAACGUUCACUGGGCAACAACGACAGAGACGGAAUGAACCCCAGUCCCGUUCGUAACCUGAGUUCCCCCAGCCCCAUCCUUCGUAGCACCAGCCCCGGCUUCCGCAGCCCCAGCCUGCAGGGCUCCAGCUCCAGCCUGCGCAGUGGCAGCUCCAGUGAGGAUGACAGUUGGGACACCAACAGCUGGAGCUCGGGUGCCACCUGCCUCCUGCGUUCCUCCAUCAAGCAGCACAGCCAGGAGGUGUUCUUGGCCCGGGCCGGUUCUGGGCCUCGCCUCGAUGACCUUACCUCCGCAAGUGACUCCGAGAACAUCUACCAGAACCUGGAUCUCUCCGCCCUGGGAGAUGACCCUGGGCCCUGGAUUGACAGCCGUGACGAGGAAGUUCCAGAAUGGCCCACUGUGAAAAAAGAGAUCCCUCAGAAACCACCCAGAUGGAACUCACCUCAGAGCCAACCCACCCAACCCAGUCAUAACCGAAAAGAGCCAGGACAGAAACAGACAGCCCAGUCCAGCCACAACCGGAAGGAGUCCCCUCAAAACCAAACAGCACAGCCCAACCAGAGCAGCAUAUCUGCCCCUUCAGCCCAGCGGGUACAAAGGCUGGAGAACCGCCUCAAAUUCUCCCAGUUCCUGGAUGAGGUGGCAUGUAGUGUGUUGGGGACUGGAGGUGACCCACCCUUCAGUCCCCUCCCUCCCAAGGACCCAGCAGGCCCACCGAUCAUACCUCCGCCUCCAGCCUCCUGGUGUGACACAGGCAGUGGAGGCCACUCUGUGCUCCAAACCAUCAACGAGCAUGACCCUGCAGACUUCCACAAACGGAAUUGGUGUUUUCCCAGCUGCAAGGUGCUACUACCUGGGGAGGACCAAGACAGGGUGCUGCUACAUGGGAAAGGAGGCCUGAAGAAGGUGCUCAUGUUUGGAGAAGACCCAAAGAGAGAGUUGCAACCUGGAAAAGGAGGAUUGCGGAGGGUCAGGGAGGAGAACUUUUAUUCGGAGCCUUCAGGGAAGGCUUACCUGGAGACAGACAUAGACGUUCUGAGACGACGAGACGAACUGGAGGCUAACGGAUCCCUGGAAAGAGAGGACAAAGGAAGAGAUGCAUUAUGGGACAGAGGCAAGGAGAGGGAGAAAAGAGGAGGGCAUGCAAGGCCUGAGCCUUUCAGCAGGGGCAUGGAGAGGGGGUCCCCCAGGGACAGUCCCUGUCCUGUCUUCAGCUGGCCUGAGGGUUACCCCAGAGUACCAUUCAGGUCCACCUCCCUGCCCAGACCUGUCGCCAAUUCUGAACCAAAUGGAGAGAUGCCUGAUGCAAGUUCCUUCCAUGACCACAAGGAGGACCUACGCAAGCGUCUGUCCUACACCACCCACAAGCUAGAGAUGGUGGAGUCAGAGUUCGACUCCACCCGCCAGUACCUGGAGACGGAGCUUCGUCGAGCUCAGGAGGAGCUGGACAAGUUCACAGACAAACUGCGCAGAAUCCAGAGCAGUUAUGCAGCGCUGCAGAGGAUCAACCAGGAUCUGGAGGACAAGAUGCACAGGACGACCCAGCACCAUGACGAUGAGAAGCGAGCUCUGAGCAGAGAGAUCAUUGUUCUCAACAACAACCUCAUGGAGGCCAAGCUCACCAUAGAGAAGCUUCGAGAUGACAACGACCUGUACAGGAAGGAUUGUAAUCUGGCUGCUCAACUGUUGCAGUGCUCCAAGUCACACUACAGGGCUCACAAGCUGUCUGAGCUGCCUGUUGACUUCCAGGAGAGGGUGAGCACUCACAUAGAGAAGCACGGGCACAGUGGUGGCGUCACUAUGGCCAUGUGCCACUCCCCUUACUCUGAUGCCGUUCCCACGGCGAUCAUUGCCAAGGUUCUGGAAAAGCCUGAGCCAGGAAGCAGCUGCCCAGUUACGCGCUCGCCAAGCCCCUCCCCCCAGGACAGCAACUUCCUGUCUAACGACAUGGGGACAGGAAGCACGGAUCAUCUUAACCGUCGCACGGCUUACAAGAUGUCUGACCUGUACAGCAGCGACACUGCUCUAUACUGCCCAGAGCGCUGGCAGGAGCGCAGGCAAAGCGUUGAUGUCCAUGGUGGCCUCCACCUGCAGGCCCAGCUCUCCACCGACAGCAACCCAGAAGAGGAGGCCUUCAUGUCAGGCAGCUUCUUGCAGGGCCGCCCCACCUCCUUCCAGGCCUCCAGCUCCUACUCCAGCUUCAGUGUGGCUUCGGACGAGAAGGGGGAAGCUCAAGACCCUGGCAGCACGCUCUCCUCCUCCCACCAGGGCCUUUACAUGGACUGGCGUGAUGACUACGAACACAAGAGCACGUCCUCCUACGACAAGGACACCAUGUCCUGCUAUGACAAAGACAGCUUCCCCAAGUCGCUCAGCUUCCAGAACGUGGCUCCGCCCCGGAGCCCCCAGACGGGCACCGGAGGCCGCAUCAUCGCCUCGCCGGCAUACACCAGGACAGCUUCCUGUUACAGCGAGCCUUACCACCCCUCUCCCUCUCCCUCCCCUCGCCUGGCCUCCUCCCACAGCAUGGGCACCAACUCCGACCUGGCCUCGGCACUGGCCCAGACUCCGCCCGGGGACGUGGAGGUCUCUGAGGAGGACCUGAGCACGCGCUGGAGGCAGCUGAGCGUCGAUGAACUCAGCAGCUUCUCGUUCCGUGACCUGGGUGGCCGCGUGUCGCCCUACAGCUUCUCAGAGAGGCACUUCGCCAUGGGCCCGGCCAAGGCCAAACAGGGCCCUCUCUAUAGCAGCUUCCAGGAGGGGGACCAUGUCUUCCACAGCUUUGCUGGUCCCCCUUCCCCGAGUCCCAGCCCAAGUCCAAGCCCCAGUCCGAAACUUGGUCUUGGCCAUCGUAAGCAGGAGAAGGGGAUCCUCUACAGGACCAAGCAAGAUAGCCAAGACUCUGAGUGCAGCCUAUUCCUCUCAGUGAGCUCCAAGGAGAAGGAAAGUGUGUCAGGGACUGUGAAAAAGGACUACGUCGACGUCAGCCCCAACAGCUCAGCGGAGUCCUUACAAGCAGGGUCACUGGAGGCCACCGAAAUACAGCACUACCAGAGAGAGAGGCCCAGCUCCAGCUCCAGCACCAGGCCCAGGCCCAGCCUCAAGCCUAGCUCCAGCCCCAGGCCCAGCUCCAGUCAUGGGCCCCGGCCUCGACCCAGCUCCAGCCUGGGCCCUGCACUUCCUGAGAAGACUUCUCCAAGAUACCAAAAAUUUGGCAGCACAGGACUGACUAGGAAGGAUAGUCUGACCAAGGCACAGCUCUACGGAACCCUGCUGAACUGAGUACAAGCUUGUGUUUUCAUGCAUGGUAGUAUUUGACUGUACGUCCCUAAUGUUUCAAGUUGGGAUGGGGUGUAAGUAAAAACAUUUUAUAUGUAAUCUGCCCACAGCACGUACCCCGCAGUCUCGAUUCAACACGAUUGUUUUGAUUUCCAGACGUUAUAAAAGUAGCGUCUCAUCUGCGCCACUGUAUCCAGCUUAAUGGUGUGGGAUCUCAUUACAAGUCCUUCAUGGUGGUAUCUCCCUCCCAGAACCACUGGAGUGUGACUAACGGAGGGUAAACCAGCAGCAGGCGGCACAUUAUACCGCUGGCUCCAAGCAGCAAACAGCCAUGCCAGUCUCGACCGCAUCUGUUCACUGACAAAAUGCAUGUGGAGAGUGUCAACAAGUAUGAAUAAGCAUUUAUAUUUUUUGUUCUGUGAGAGAAACUGGAUACUAUUUUAAGAAUCCCAAAAUACAACAUAUGUCCAACUAGCCACACAGUUUAAUACCGUGCAGAUGUUUUUUUACGUAAAUUUGAGGCAGCUUUUACAUGGACUGUUAGAAAUCUGUUGAUUAUGAUGGACACAAGUGCACAUUUGAGACAAAGGACAUGCAUA